AUGAAGAUGAAGUUACCAAACCCGGGGCUGGACGACCGGAUCCCCUCCCAUUCGGACCUGGAGAGAAUGGAGAAAGAAGAGGCAGGGGACCGGCCCAAAUGGGACAACAAAGCCCAGUAUCUGCUCACCUGUGUGGGCUUCUGUGUGGGACUUGGCAACGUCUGGAGGUUCCCGUACCUGUGUCAGAGCCACGGAGGAGGAGCGUUUAUGAUCCCAUUUCUUAUCCUGCUGGUCCUGGAGGGCAUCCCACUGCUGCACCUGGAGUUUGCCAUUGGUCAGCGGCUCAGGAAAGGCAGCGUGGGAGUGUGGAGAUCAAUCAACCCAUGCCUGACUGGAAUUGGUAUCGCGUCCUUGAUGGUCUCAUUUUUGGUGGGCAUGUAUUACAACACCAUCAUGGCCUGGAUCAUGUGGUACCUCUAUAACUCUUUUCAGAGUCCUCUGCCUUGGAGCCAGUGUCCCCUCAACGCUAACAGGACAGGUUUGGUGGAGGAAUGCGCUCGGAGCAGCACGGUCGACUACUUCUGGUACAGAGAGACUCUGAACACCUCAACAGCUAUCGAUGAGUCCGGAGGUCUGCAGUGGUGGAUGGUGCUGGCCCUGAUAUCUGCCUGGACUCUGCUCUAUGUUUGCACCAUCAGGGGGAUCGAGACAACUGGAAAGGCUGUCUACAUCACCUCCACUCUGCCGUAUGCGGUCCUCACCAUCUUCCUGAUCAGAGGACUGACUCUGAAAGGAUCUGUAGAGGGAGUCAAGUUCCUUUUCACGCCAGAUGUGGACGAGUUAAUGAAUCCAACAACCUGGUUGGAUGCAGGCGCUCAAGUGUUCUACUCCUUCUCCUUGGCUUUUGGAGGUCUCAUCUCUUUCUCCAGUUACAACUCUAUUCACAACAACUGUGAGCAGGACGCUGUUCUCAUCUCCAUCAUCAAUGGCUGCACCUCGGUGUACUCUGCAACGGUCAUCUACUCCAUCAUCGGCUUCAGGGCCACGCAGAACUUUGAUGACUGCAUGGGAGAAAACAUCUUGAAGCUGACGAAUGCCUUCGACUACGCUGAAAACAACAUCACAGACAGCAACUACCACGACGUUUUGGCGCACCUCAACCUCACUAAUCCAAGUAUCAUUGAAGGACUGAAUCUAGAGAUGUGUGACAUGAAGAAGUUCCUCAGUCAGGGCGUGGAGGGAACAGGUCUGGCCUUCAUCGUGUUCACAGAAGCCAUCAUCAAGAUGCCUGUUUCUCCUCUCUGGGCUGUCCUCUUCUUCGUCAUGCUCUUCUGCCUCGGCCUCUCCACUAUGUUUGGUAACAUCGAGGGAGUUGUGGUUCCUCUGCAGGACCUCAAACUGUUGCCUCGAAGCUGUCCCAAAGAAGUUUUCUGUGCUCUGACUUGCUUAAUUUCAUGCCUGAUGGGCUUAAUAUUUGCCCAGGGCUCUGGAAAUUAUUGGCUGGCUCUAUUUGACAACUUUGCUGGCUCAAUUCCGCUUCUGGUCAUCGGAUUCUGUGAAAUGAUCAGUGUUAUCUACAUCUAUGGUGCAGACAGAUUUAACAAGGACAUUGAGUUUAUGAUUGGCCACAAGCCUAAUAUUUUCUGGCAGGUGACAUGGAGGGUGCUUAGUCCGAUCAUUAUGCUGGUUAUCCUGGUUUUCUACUUUGUGACCCAAGUCACCAAAAGUCUCACAUAUUUGGUCUGGGACCAAGAGGCGGUGGACUUCCCCACCCUUGAUGCACGUCCAUAUCCUGCCUGGAUCAACGUAAUCAUCUUCAUCCUGGCUGGAAUUCCCAGUCUAGCCAUCCCACUGGUCUUCCUCUACAAAUUCAUCCAGAUGAAAUGCUGCAAGAAGAAGGACUACAGUGACAGCACAGUGGACACUAUCUCCGCCAAAAUACAAAUGGCUGAAAAGAAGUUUUAGGUAUCUCUAAAUUUGAAUAUUUAAUGAUAAAAUGAAUGUAGAGUUGUUUUAGUGUUGUUUGUAUAUCAUACUGAUGCCUUUUUCUUCCUCAUUCCCUGUACAAUGAUCGCAGAGAACACUAGUGACUACAAGUAAAAAACUUGUAAAAAGUUGUAAGCAGUUUUUAGACCUUAGCCUAAUUGUUUUUAGUACUACUGUAAUAUGUGUUUUACUGCUGUAAGUGUAUGUUGUAUAUUUAAUUAAUAGUUGGACUUUUGCUGACCGUUGAAUGGAAAAAUUGAUUGUAUGUGUGCUAAAUGUGAAGAUACGGCCAGCAGCUAUGGUAAUUAGCUUAGCUCAUCAUAUAGACUGGAAACAAAGCUAAACAGCUAACCUGCAGUGUUUAAAGGCUCAUCCACCUACCAGCACCUAAAAAUCUCACUGUUUAACAUGUUAAUUCUCAUGUGUUUCAUCUGUACAAAAAACUGAAGCAUAAAAAUCACAAUUUGUGUCCCUGUGUCAGCUGCUAAGCUAAACAGCCACUGACAGUAUUUAUCCAUACUUAGCACACAGAUGUGAAAGUGGUUUCAAUCUUAUCAAACUUUGAUUCCAAAUCUGUCCAUUCUUCUAACACUGUAGAUUCAGUAUAUGUAUGUGUCUCAUAUACAAGAAAUAAUGUUUUAUUUUAAAACGUUGUAAAUAAUCUUCAGUAGAGGAGCUAAUUCUUGUUGGAACUUUUGACAAGCUGUAAGAAUGUCUGAUUUGUUUAAAGCAAAAAAUUAAUGCAUUCAUCGCAACAGUGCUUUUUAUCCCAUUAUUUAUAAGGUUUGGGGCCUAUUGUGAAGGGCUAUUGUAAAGUUAAAUGAAUAAAUCAUGUGUAAUAUAAUGA